AACCAGACCAGCAGCGCUCUCCCCUCUCCUCUCUCCUCCUCGCUCAGGCGGACGCACCGCAAACCCAACUCCUCCUACUCCUCGCGGAGGAGGAGACGAGGAGAGAUCCCCUCCCGCCCCGCCCCUUCCCAUCCAAUCCACUCCGGUCGCCGUCUCCCUCCUUCGCGCUGCGCCCGCCGCUUCGCUUUACUUCGCUUUGCUUGGCGCAGGUUGCCUUCGGAUUCCCCCCCCCCCCCCCCCUCUCUCUUCCUCCUCCUCCGUCUCCGGGUUCGGUUGGAUCGAAAUGGGCGCCUGGGUGUCCAAGGGCACCUGGUGCUGCCGCAAGCAGCACAACGGGAUAACCAACGAGAGCACCGAUGCUGUGACGGAGGAACAGGGGGAGGCGUACGAGCUGCCCGCGUUCCAGGAGUUCACCUUCGAGCAGCUACGCCUGGCUACGUCGGGGUUUGCAGUGGAGAACAUCGUGUCUGAGCACGGCGAGAAGGCGCCCAAUGUGGUAUACAAGGGGAAGCUCGAUGCCCAGCGCCGGAUCGCCGUCAAGCGCUUCAACCGCUCUGCCUGGCCUGACCCGCGCCAGUUCCUGGAAGAAGCUAGAUCAGUUGGCCAGCUCCGGAGCAAAAGAUUGGCAAAUUUACUUGGUUGUUGCUGUGAAGGUGAUGAGAGGUUGCUUGUUGCAGAGUACAUGCCCAACGACACACUAGCCAAACAUCUUUUCCAUUGGGAGUCACAAGCAAUGAAAUGGCCAAUGAGAUUAAGGGUUGUUCUCUAUCUUGCUGAAGCUUUAGAAUAUUGCACCAGCAGGGGUCGUGCUCUCUACCAUGAUCUCAACGCCUAUAGAGUUCUGUUUGAUGAUGACUGUAAUCCUAGACUUUCCUGUUUUGGUCUCAUGAAGAACAGUCGGGAUGGAAAAAGUUACAGUACCAAUUUGGCAUUUACACCUCCAGAAUACAUGAGGACUGGACGAAUCACUCCUGAAAGUGUCAUAUACAGCUUUGGAACCAUGCUGUUGGACGUUCUUAGUGGGAAGCAUAUUCCUCCUAGCCAUGCCCUUGACCUGAUUCGAGAUCGGAACUUUAAUAUGCUUACAGACUCGUGUUUGGAGGGUCAAUUUUCGAAUGAAGAAGGAACAGAACUGGUGCGAUUAGCUUCAAGGUGCCUUCACUAUGAACCCCGUGAGCGGCCUAACGUAAGGUCACUUUUGCAAUCAUUGGCUCCUCUUCAGAAGGAUGUUGAGACUCCAUCUUAUGAACUAAUGGACAUUCCACGUGGCGGUGCAUCAUCUAUCCAAUCAUUGACUCUUUCCCCUCUUGCUGAAGCCUGUUCCAGAAAGGAUCUGACAGCAAUACAUGAAAUUCUAGAAAAGACUGGCUACAAGGAUGAUGAGGGGACAGCAAAUGAGCUCUCAUUUCAGAUGUGGACGAAUCAAAUGCAAGAUACAUUGACCUCGAAGAAGAAGGGUGAUAAUGCUUUUAGACAAAAGGAUUUCACGACAGCCAUUGAUUGUUAUUCCCAGUUCAUUGAAGUUGGUACGAUGGUUUCACCAACCAUUUAUGCUCGGCGCUGCCUGUCAUAUCUGAUGAAUGACAAGACACAGGAAGCAUUGAGUGAUGCAAUGCAGGCUCUAGUAAUAUCUCCAACAUGGCCAACGGCAUUCUAUCUUCAGGCAGCAGCACUACUAUCACAAGGCAUGGAGAAUGAAGCUCAAGAAGCACUAAAGGAUGGUUGUAACCUAGAGCAAAGUAGCAGCAGUGGGCAUUGAGUGCGAACAGAUCUGUAGUCACAAAAUGCACAUAAUUUCAGGUGCUUGUUUGAACAGAGUAUGAUUGGGUAUGGAAGCAGGUGUUGGUGAUUUGUCAAUUUGGCUAGGGGUUGGUUAACCUUCUUCAGAUUUUGUGCGUUUGGAAAGUCGUCCCUCCCAUAUCUUCAUGUAGGAUGUAUAUAUGGAAGAAAGCGACAACAGAGAGGCCCUGAAAGAGAUGGCAAAGACAUCCAAAGGUGAAUAAGUACCGCAGACAGGAAAUUAAUGGAGAAAAGGGAAGCUUUUUCUUGGUCCGUCCUCCUGAAAAAAAAAAGAAAAACCGAAGGAAAACCCUCAGAAAGGGAUUGCUGAUGUACAUGUCCAUCGUACUGGUGGUAGGUGUGUAAACCUGUACAGCAAGCGUUGUUUUUUUCUUUCCCCGUGUUUGUUUCAUAUGUGUUAGCUCCCAUUGGUAUAUUUGUGGUGAAGAUGGUGGAAUUCUUUUCAGAGGCGAAAAAUGGCAGUGUUCGAUGGGCUGUUCCAUUUCUUAAUCUCGCGAGUUAUUUU